CAGCAGCUUCUGGCUUCUGGCUCGUGGGCUCCUUUUUUUUUUUUCCCCCUUCCCUUCCCAGAAGCUGCGCAGCAAAAAGCGGCUCUCUCCAGCAAUCAGCCCUCGCUCUCCCUCCCUCUCCGUCUCCCUCCCUCCCUGCCAAGACUCUGAGUCGUCCGGAUCCUGGAAAGCUGGGCUCCUUAUUUGAUCUCUCAUUGGGAAAAUGGAUUCCAGGGCACUGUCAGAGAUGCAUUUCUGUAAAAAGAUCAUCGCUGCAGCCUUGUGUGUCUUAGUUUUACUCCCAGAUUCGGGCUGUGCAAGGAAUCUCUGGAAACGUGCUCUGCAUCUGAAAAUGACGGAAAAAUAUGAUGAUUAUGAGUACCCUCUUCAUUCUCACAGUGCCCACUACCAGAAGAACGACCGCUGCCCCCCACCACCCCAGACCUUGCCUGACCGAGCCUGCGAGGUGCCCAGCUGCCGAUCAGACUCAGAGUGCGAAAGGCACAAGCGUUGCUGUUACAACGGCUGCAUCUAUGCCUGCCUGGAGUCUGUACAGCCACCGCCAGUUUUAGACUGGCUGGUUCAGCCCAAACCCCGCUGGUUAGGAGGAAAUGGGUGGCUUUUGGACGGCCCUGAGGAAGUCCUGCAAGCUGAGGCCUGCAGUACCACCGAGGAUGGCGAUGAGCCUCUGCAUUGCCCCACGGGCUAUGAAUGCCAUAUCAUCAACCCUGGCAACACCGCCGAAGGAAUCCCCAACAGGGGCCAGUGUAUCAAGCUGCGUGGAAAUCCAGAUGGACGAAACCUAAGGCAUAAGUAUUACAAGGAAUAUUUCGGGAGCAGUUCCAACAAUGUGGUCGGCUAUGUGAAAAACCAGCAGAAGCAUUUGGGCUAAUCCGAGGUGUUCCUGGCUGGACCACUCCGUUCAGCAGCCUUCAAGGAAUGUUUUACCCAAUAGCUGUCUGUUUUGGAAGGGUUCUGGUCCCAAAUCUCCAAGAGCACAUCUCCAGCAUUACCCUGAUCCCUACCCACCAGCGAUAACAGGACUUCACUGUGCAAGAAACAGCGUGAGUGUAGAUUUUAAGCCUAUCAACAGAGGGAGAAAUGUGAUCCCCUGAAAGAAACCUCACCACUUCGGAGCUGCCCUUCUGCAGGUGAAAUUUAAAUAGUGUCGCGCUGGUCUCUGCAAGCCACAACGGCAUUAUCGGGCUGCUGCAGCAGAGCAUGCCCUUGAUGUGUGUUAUGUGGCCAGCUCAGAUAUGGCCCAUUCACAUUUCCCUAUCACAAAUGUAAUUCAGUAGUAUAGAAAUGGAGGAAGUGGUGUCAGAAUCAGACCUGAGUAUUAUAUCUAAGUUGUAUUAAAUAAGCAAGACUGUAAAGGGCUCCCUGGGUCGAAUCCAGUCCCUGCCUCUCUCAAACAACAGCUUUACAAAAUCCUGUGGGUUUCUUCUUUUUCUAUUUAUGCCUGCGAUUCACCAGAUUUACACCCAGACUACAAGCCUAAGGCUAAAAUCUUAAGAAUUGAGAAACUCUGAGCGAGGAGCAAAACAAAUUUUAUCAUAUGUUUAUCCAGUUACUUUACUUAAACCCCACAGUCUGGUGAGCUGUAGAUCAAGAGCUAAUGAUGGAAUAGAUUUCUUCCUACAAUAUCUAAGCAGUCAGAGACACAGACGUGCCAGCCUUUUUAAGUUGCUAUUUUUAGCCAGCACAGUUUAUACUCACAAAGUAUACAUCUGUAUUUUUGUACCUGCAAAGCCUCAACAGGAGGACUGAAGUCUGGAUAUUUAUCACACAUGCUAGAAAAGCAAAAGCAAGACAAAAAUGUCUGAUUAAAAAGAUUGUCUGGCAGAUGGGCAACUGUUCUUUAGAAGUCCUGGCCCUCUAUGUCGACGUCCACAAAUCCUUAAGAACAAGUUAUCUGUACUUGGGCCUUGGAGCUUAUUUUAGAAGCUUAAUGUUAUAAAAUGGAAAACAAAUUUUCUGUGAAUGUUUUCCUUUCCUAUGGCAGCUCCCUAAAGGGACAGUAGCAUUUUGUUUCGACGUGUCUGUCAGAAUCAACGGGCAAAAGAAGUCAUUUUUGCUCACUUGUUUAGUCCAUGUCCCCAUUUGCAUUCCUAAAAUUAGCAUUUUGAUAUACAGAGUAGUAGUGGUAUAUAUAAAUACCCAAUUCACAAAUACAAGCACUUGCUUUCACCCACAAACUAUGUUUUUCUUCUGUUCACCAAGCAGUUUAAGCCAAAGCUAAGGUGCCCAUAAAACAGGUUAAUAGGUUGCAUAUGACAUUUGCAGCUGGAGAGAUAAAAGAUGCCAAACGGCUCUUUCCAUUUCCUUUCGUACAUAGACACAUUCCUCAGUGCUUUGCAGUGCAAAGGAACACAUGAAGGGCUCCACCUUUCCCUAAAUAUCUCAAUUUGUUAAACCCCAUUCAUUUCUCUGUGCUUUUGUUCCAAGUUCUAUGUCUUAAGUGCAACAUCAUAUUUGCACAGCCCUAUUUCUAGAAUAUUGUCAUAUACAACUCAAUGUAAUAAUUUCUUAACUCCUGCUAAAAAGAUAGCAGUCCAUAUUUCAUAGUCCUAGUCUUAGGUUAGGCCAGGAACUUGCCUUUUUUGGAGUGACACUACUUGACAUCUUAAAACACUUCAGCUUGUAACCAAAAAUACAGGUCUUGCUCCCAGAUGCUGCUCAGUGAAACAGCUUGUUUUUUUUUUUUUCCAACAAUGUUUUUUUGCAGGACAGUCAAAUUGUGAUUAAAAUGGGCAAAGCUUUUCAGCUGUUACUGCUGGUCACCACAGAGUAAAUGCAAAAUUGCUCUAUUUUAGUAUAAAACAUUCAGUGUCUGAAAACUGAUGAGAAUCCAGUUCAAAAAUCUGUUCUGAGCACUAACAAAUUUAGAAGAUUAACACUUCAGAUCUCAGCCUAAUCUUGCACAGCAUCCAAAAAAAUGCUUAACUUCAGUGGACACAUUCUCAUCAGUGGCUGCUUUAUCAUAGCUACAGAAAGCACAGACCUGACCGCCUUGCUGGAUGGAAUGGUAAAGAUAGUUUCUAACUGCAAAAUGAAUUUGAAAGAAAACAAGAAAGUUGGAUAAUUAAUAACUUGUUCAUGAAUUUCUGUUUACUGGAUGUUAUCAAAGACAUCACCUUUCCUAUUGGUGCUAUAAUGUUCGGGGUUUUUUUCUUUUCAAGUCCCUAUUAAUUGUCAAACUGAGAAACAAAAUGCACAGAAGAAACUUGU